AUGGCUGACUCAUGGGACAUCUAUGUGGCAUUCUGCCAACGGAGAGGUGAUGACCCUUUGCAUUGGAUGCUUUUGCUUGCUUACCCUGACUCGCUGAGUUGUACAUGGUAUCACGUCGUUGGACGUCCUACUCAGAAUCGGGACUACGAGCGCAAGAUUCAAGCCGGGAAGAGAAUGGACAGUUUCGGUAUAUCGAGAAAGCAAUACGUCGGCCAUAUUGCUGUAAGCGAUAUCAACAAGGUCAAAUCGGCGGUAGUAGCAGUCCCUGUGCAGGAUUCUCAGCGCUGGACUGUGGAAGUGCUUGCCGGGCUUGAGCGCAAAUGCCUGAUUCCUCUUGGCACUAGCGUUGAUUAUUACAAUCAAAUGGAGCCUUCUCAUGUUAGAGUAACCGACGAUGGCUGGGUCUUGCUCUCCGGAGCUUCUGAACUGAACUUCUGA